GAUCAGGCUAACGUGUUAUUUAACCGCGCAGCAAAACGCAAUGAUACAAUACCGUUUUCCCACUUUCAACGUUUAAAUUUUUUGUCAACUCACCCGCCGGUUAGGGUUUAAUUAAUGGAACCACCGAGAGAAGGCUACCACCACCACCACAACUACCACCACCGCCCCCGAUUCAACCACCAAGAACAGCACCACCACCAUCAUCAUCCUAACUAUUUCCAACACCCUAACCAGCCUCCUUUCCCACCUCCGCCACAGCUACCGCUCCAGCCACCUCCGCAGCUACCGCUCCAGCCACCUCCGCAGCUACCGCUCCAGCCACCUCCGCAGCUACCGCUCCAACCACAGCCGCAGCUUCCACUCCAGCCACAGCUACCGCUCCAGCCUCAGCCACCGCCGCCACCACCGCCUCCGUACCCCUACUUUAACAAUGACCAUUAUCAAUUCAAUAACCAGAACUUUGACGCCCGUCCUAAUUUUGAUGCUAACCAACAGAUGACCGGCCAACCAAACGCACCGGUUGCUGGCGGAGGAUUUUUCUCCAAUGGCCUGAAAAGAGCUCGAUGUCAUUCUGGCCGUCCAGGUUCCCCAGAUCAUAAUGCUGAUGGUGGCAAUGUAAAACUUUUUGUCGCGCCUAUUCCGCUUCCCACAACUAUGGAAGCUAUACGCCCCUUGUUUGAAGCACAUGGAGGUGUUAUUGAGGUAGUUCUCCCCAGGGAUAAGCGGAGUGGUCAUCAACAAGGGUAUUGCUUUGUGAAAUAUGCAACGAUAGAGGAAGCUGACAGGGCUAUUAGGGCUUUAAAUGGUCAGUAUACUAUUCCUGGGGAAGCGGUUCCCCUUAAAGUCAGAUAUGCUGAUAGGGAGAGGGAACGCGUUGCCAAGGUUGAAAGGGACCGCCCUGCAGCCGUGGAGAUGGUAGAAAAACUCUAUGUUGGUUGUGUUCACAGACAAGCUUCAAUGCAAGAAAUUGAGGAAAUAUUUUCUCCAUAUGGUCAUGUGGUAGAUGUGUAUAUCGUACGAGAUAAUCUGAAGCAAAGUCGUGGAUGUGCAUUUGUUAAGUUCACUCACAGAGAUAUGGCAUUAGCAGCAAUGACAGCAUUACAUGGAACUUUCACAAUGAGAGGCUGUGAUCAACCUUUGAUCAUUAGAUUUGCAGAUCCCCCUAAACGGAGGGCGGGAGAAUUAAGGGGAUAUGAUGGACAAAAUUCUGGCUCUUUUUCUCAAGGACCAAUGAUUAGGCCACCACCCAAUUUUGGCGAUUCAAUGGGAGGGUGUGUUUUACCUACUGCUUUAUAUCCUGCGCAAGAAGCUUCCAUGAUUUCUGAACCUCUAGCCAUUCCCAACCAAGUAAAGUUGACGCAUGCUGCUCCACAAAUCAUAGCGCAACCACUUGUUCCAGUAAAGCAGCCACCAGCACAGUUGUCUCAGAUGCCUUUAGAGCAGACUUGGGGUCCCGAGAAAUUCUUGCAAUCUUCUCAACCAGCAGUCACUGAAAUGGUGAAACAAAUUUCAAAUUUAGACCAGCAGCAAAGUGUCCGGAUUUCCCUGGAGUCACAGUGUAGUGAAGGUAAUCGUCCAGCUGUGGGUGAUAAAUCUUCUGCCUCUGUGGUACCCCAGAGUCCCCAGACAGAAGAUCCACAAGAGUGUGAUUGGAGUGAGCAUAACUGUCCAGAUGGGUGCAAGUAUUAUUAUAAUUGCACAACUUGUGAAAGCAGGUACCGAUUUAUGGGUACAUCUCAAACUGCAAAAGUCAACUUGAGGCAUGUUCAUGUCCACGUGGUUGUCCAACCCCAACUUGCUUGGCUUCAGUGGGAGAAGCCUGAUGAGUUCGCUUUAUUUCAGCAACAAUUACAGAAGAAGCAAAAAACGCAUAAUCCACGUCAGCAACCUUGUUUCCUAUCAGAAGGUUUUUCUGAUAAAGAAGCUGAUCAUACCUCUUCAGUCAGAAAUUCCAUGCCAACUGCUUUAGCUCUGGGUUUGGAUCAUAUGCAAAUACGACCAGAAACAAGUUCAGUUGUUGAUCCCACCUGCACUUAACGGAAUUAUAUUCUGCUCCGAGAGAGGGAAGGGGAAGAAGGAUACCGACAGGAGUUUUGAGAGAAGUAUGAGUAAGACAUAAUUCCGCCAAGGAGAUUCCUUUUUAGGUGAUUAACUAAUAACGUAGAGCCCCAUUGGUCUGGAAUGGUCGUGAUUUGGUUGAUAUUUUGUCUAGGCCAGGAAACUCUCUCUAUGUAACAUGUCGCUUAAGCGGGAAACUGACUCGAUAUGAACUUGCCAUGCCUAGGAAAGAACUCCGUUGGUAGCGGGGCAAGGGCUGCCCCACCUCUACUUUUUACCCUUGGUUCUUUUGUAAAAUUUACGGCCGCUUAGCAUUCCAAUGGAAACGUUAUUGACAGAAUUAAUUGUAGAGAUUUUUCUCUAAAAUAGCAAAAUGCGGAUUAAUUGUCGACAUAAAAUAAUUGAUGGUACCGCUGAUUGGCAAGCAAACAUUAGCAUACUAAACAAUGAGAAAAAGAGCUAAAAGCAUCAAUACUAAGAGUUCUUUUAUUGGCUAUUUAGAUAA